AUGGGGCAUAGGCAGGGGUGGGCUAGCGCUCAGUACAGCCCUCUGCGUCCUCAAGACACCCACGCGCCCCUCUGCGUCGUCCCUCUCACCCCCUCCUUCGUUGAACGCGUGUCCCGCGCUGAGCGCCCGCCGUUCGAGUACUCACCGCACCGGGAAUUCACGGCGCUGGUGCUCGGCGCGAGGGAGCUUUGCAAAGGGGCAAAGCAACAUAAUCGAACGGUGUCAAUUGACCUUCAGGCCGUCGCGCUCGCCCAAGUUGCCGGCAAGACGAAGAUCACUGUCUCUACCCGCACAUCCCAAUACUACUCGACUCUAUGCUACACGGAGCGUAUCAAGAAGACUUUCGAGGAGCGCUUCCAGGCGGAGAUGCAGUCCUGGCAGGCGAAGAAGGAGGCAGCCGGGUCAGCGGGAGCCCCUUUCUCCGAGGACAAGCCGACAACCAUGGGUGUCCGUAACCGCGUUACGAACGAGUUUUGGGCAAAGGAGCCCCCCGAGUACAAGGCUAUGGUGGAGAAGAUGCACGCGGAGGAGUUGGACAGGCAACGGCGAGCGGCUCGCGAGCUGAUUAACCCCAACGCGCCGUCGACGCCUGAAGAGCUCCAGAGGUUAUACGAUUCGGCUGCCCUUUACCUUCAACCGUUCGCUGACGCUGCGGCGGGGUCGUUCAAGGGUAUUGCGGCGAUCAUGAUAUGUGCCCCGAUGCCCGAAGACGGAGGAGAUCUUGGAGUUUUUAGCGUCCAUGCCAAUCCGGCGGAUUCCCUCACGAAAGCCAAGUGGCCGCAGCUCUUUAAAGAGAAGUUUCGUCAAGUGGAGAAGGGGAUGCUGGAGUACGGACAGCAUGUAUUCAGCAAGAAGACACGCAUGUCGCGAGCACUUCCCUCGAUGUUGACGGGCCCUCUCGAGGCCGAAAACGAGGAUCAUUCAACACCCGAUGAGCAGGACGACAAUCCCCCCAGCGUGGACGACCUCUUCGACGACCACUUCUACGACCAUGUUAACGAUGACGAAACCUCCGGAUACGACGCGAACGAAGUUAACGACGAGCAGGGUCAGCACGAACCUGGACAACAUGAGCACGAGCAAGAGCAAGAGGACAGCAACGUCGAGGUCGUUCGCGAGGGGGACAACAACUCCUUCGCCCACGUCGACGACAGCCUUGAGCGCGAGCACGACAUGAUGCGCAUGAUCCAUGAACAGGACAACACCAAUGACUUCAAUAAUGCGCCACGUCCAAUGACCCCUACCCUCGAGGACGAGCCUCUGUUCCUCCACGCGUCAUCGCCGGCUCAGCCUUCUCGUGCAUCAUCCGUCGUCUCCAAAUCUGCGUCGCGCGCUAUCCAGGCGCCAGCUUGUCAGCAGAACCUGCCGCGAAUGGAUGAGCCGCAUGCGCCAUCGCAGGCGCUGCCUCCGCCGGCGAGCGCUUCUCUGCAGCCGGUGCUGCGUACGGCCGCUACGCCCACGGCAAUCGGCUCCCAUCCGAACGUUCCUCCCAUCAUCCACGACAUAUGGAAGCUGAACGCGAUGCCGGCGUGGUCUGAGCACGUACGCCUGGCUGUCACAGCUUGUAGGCGCGGACAGUCUUGGGCAACGGCUUUCGGAGAUGCCGUCAAGUCGUACGUCGAGUUUGAGGAGGCGCAUGGCUUUCCAGCGAAGGACGCGGGCCGCAAGGUCAUCAGUGACAAGAAGACACGCCCGCCGCAGUAUGCUGCUUGGCUCAAGAUUGCCCGCCCCUACGAUCGCCCAAUGCUCAUCAAGGACAUCGACGAGUACACUCAGCAGUGGUGGGGCUGGCUGGCGGCACACCUUCCCGAAGGGCUCCGCAACCAGAACAGCUACUUGCUCGACCUGUCGCGCGUAGAUCUCGCCGACGCGACGACCUGGAAUGGACUGGACAAGGCCUGCGGAAAGGACGGUGUCCUGCAGAUUGUGCUCUCGCUUCUCUGGUGGGGCGAUGCGGUACACGGUCACGGCACCUACACUACCACCCAGCGCGAUAAUUGGGAAGCUGCAUGCGUCGAACUGAGCGGCAUUCUCAAUGCUAUGGCCGGUGUAACUCGGAGGUCCCAGACUGGCAGCAAGAGGAUGUCAUCGGGCGAUGCUCCUCCGCCCCCGCCUGCUAAGAAGCGCAAGCAGCAGGAGUCGAAGGCUGCGACGCCAUCUCACGUUAGCCGCGCCUCAACUUCCACCUCUUCGUCCUCUCGCCGCCGCCGCCGCUGA